CAAUACUGUUUUCAAAUGAAAUCUCCUGUUCUCACACUAGGUGAUUUGCUGGUUGGAGGUUCAUCCUUUGAUGAGUCAGACAGAUGGAAAUCUGUUACUGUUUCGUAUUUCAACACAGAAGAUGGUUCUCCAGGAAAGGCUGAGGGCAGGCGGCGAGAGCGGAGAGACACUGAGAGUUUAGAGCUAGAGGACAUCGGAGCAGAGGAAACAAGCACGGCAAGUGGUUCUGACUACGGGGACUCUGGUGGUACGACUACUAGUGACACUGAUUACAUUGAUUCAAAUAAAAAUGAAGCUGGUGUGAAAAGCUCAUCUGAUGGCAGUACCACGGGACCUCCCAGUACUCCAGAAAAAGGAUCUCAUAUUCCAGAAGCAACUCCCACAUACUCAGAAACAAAUACAAUUAUUGGUGAAGCUGCUACUUGGGACCAAGGAGCGUACAAAGCUUUUAAUGGCCAUAUCUUUUCCUUCGAGUCAUCAUGCACAUACACUUUCUGCCGCCACUGCGUUGAAUCUGGAGAUUUCAAUAUUGAGAUCAAACGAAACAGUGAUAGUGAGAUUGAAAAAAUAAUGGUUUUGAUUGACAAUAAUGACAUCUCCAUAUCUGGUGAUACCCUCUUAGUUAAUGGAGAAAGUGUACAGAUACCAUAUAACAACAAGUUGAUUCACAUUAAAAAAUACGGAGAAUAUAAUGUCCUGAACAGCCGUAGAGGAAUUUUGUCUUUACUGUGGGACAAAAAUAACACACUCUCACUCACUCUUCACAAGCAAUACCCAACUUGCGGUCUUUGUGGUAAUUUCAACACCACUCCAGGAGAAGAUAUAAAUGAGCACAUUGACAAUAGUAAAAUUUCUGAUGAUUGUCCUCAAGCUACUAGUAAAACCUAUGAAACUUGUGAAGCUGGAGUAGAGUACUGUAACAAAAUUAUUGGAACCUACUUUGAGGAAUGUACAAAGGUUUCUGCCUUGUCCAGUGACUACAAAAAGGUCUGCAUUGAUGAGUAUUGCCAAAAGAGAGACAAAAAGUCGACAUGUGAUACUUAUUCAGAACUGUCCCGCCUUUGUGCCUCAGAUGGUCCUGGCAAAUACGAAUCCUGGCGAGACGAUUCUGAUGUGUUUUGCGAAAAACCUCAAUGCCCAGAAAAACAUAUCUACAAAGAAUGUGGCCUCUCAAAUCCUGCAACUUGUUCUAAUGUGGCUCCUUUUCAAGACAGUGAAUGUGUGAGUGGCUGCACCUGCCCAGAAGGUUACCUAUUGGAUGACAUUGGAGAGAAAGGAAAAUGUGUAUUAAAGGUUAACUGUCCCUGUGAGUCUAAUGGAAUAGUCUACCAGUCAGGAGAAGUCCGAGAAGGUCCUUGUGGGUCUCAGUGCACAUGCCAAGAAGCAAAGUGGUCUUGCACUGAAGCAAUGUGUCCUGGAAGAUGUAAGGUGGAAGGAAGUUCAAUUACCACCUUCGAUGGUGAAAAAUAUAAUCAUCCUGGAAACUGUCACUUUUUGGCCAUCUAUGAUAAAGACUGGUUUGUUAGCGUUGAGCUUCGGGAAUGUCCAAGUGGUAUGUCAGGAACAUGCUUAAACAGUGUUACAGUCGCCUUAAAUGCGUCUGGUUCAGUUGACAAAUAUGUAUUUCAUAGAGAUGGAACAGUCUCAAAUGACAAAAUUGAAAAUCAACAUUAUUACUCUUCAGACCAAAUACAGAUUUUCAAGGCAUCUCUCUCAUACUUCCAAGUAGAAACAAACUUUCAUGUAAAAAUGCAAAUACAAACUGAUCCCGUGAUGCAAUUAUAUGUUUCCAUGCCACCUAACCAAUUCACAGACACUGUUGGACUCUGUGGCUCCUACAACAAUAGAGCAGAGGAUGAUUUCAUGUCAAGUCAGAAUAUAUUGGAGAAGUCGUCUCAGGCUUUUGCUGAUUCUUGGGAAAUGAUGUCCUGUCCUAAAGGAAACCCAGCUUCAUGCAUCAGCAUAGAAACAGAACGGUUUGCUGAAAAGCAAUGUGGAAUCCUUCUUGAUUCAAGUGGGCCUUUUGCUUCCUGCCAUCCAUAUGUGAACCCUAAACCAUAUCAUGAGGAAUGCAAAAAAUACACUUGUGCUUGUGAAGAUAGUCAAGAAUGCCUGUGUACAAUCUUAGGCAACUAUGUGAAAACAUGUGCUGAGAAAGAAACACACAUGGAGGAAUGGAGAACUGGACGAUGCGAUCACUCUUGUCCCAGUGGCUUCGUUUUCAAGUACAACGUAAAAGCCUGCAACAGUUCUUGCCGGUCCCUGUCAGAGAGGGAUAGGAGCUGUGACAUAGAAGAUGUCCCAGUAGAUGGAUGCGCUUGCCCUGAUGGGAUGUACCAGGAUAAUGAAGGAAAUUGUGUUUCAAAGUCUCAGUGUGACUGCUACAUGAAUGAUGAGGUCAUAAAACCAGGCAAACUCAUCCAGAUCAAUGACAAUAAAUGUGUCUGUCGGGAUGGAAUUCUUCUUUGCCAGAAUCCCAUUGAUUUAACCCGCCAGAAUUGCCCUGGAGGGGCUGAAUAUGUUGACUGCAGUGAUCCCAACGCAAAGAAAAGAGUUGACAGUACAUGUAGCACCCGGAACAUACCUAAUUUUGGGGAGGACUUGCCUUGCAAGCGUGGGUGUUACUGUCCAGUAGGAAUGGUCCGAGAUUCCAAAGGGAACUGUGUCUUUCCUGAUGAUUGCCCUUGUUCUUUUGGUGGACGAGAGUACAGCCAAGGAAGUGUCACCUCAGUUGGCUGCAACAAAUGUACUUGCAUAAAAGGAUCUUGGGAAUGUACACAAAAUGAAUGUCAAAGUACCUGCCACAUCUAUGGGGAAGGUCAUGUUCAAACUUUUGACAAAAAAAGUUACAGCUUUGAUGGUCUCUGCCAGUAUUCCUUUGUUGAGGAUUAUUGUGGCGGUGAAAAUGGCACAUUCCGCAUUUUAACUGAAAGCGUCCCUUGCUGUGAAGAUGGGCUCACGUGCUCAAGAAAGAUCGUAGUUGCUUUUCAGGAUCAGAAUGUUAUCUUGCAAGAUGGCAAAGUAACAGCCAUCAAAACGUCGGAAAGUAAGGAGUGUGAACUCAACGGAAAUGCGUACACUGUGCAUACCGUUGGCCUGUACUUGAUUCUGAAGUUUGCCUCUGGAAUAACCGUGAUUUGGGACAAAAACACAAGAAUGACUGUUAUAUUGGAGCCAUACUGGAAUGGCAAGGUGUGUGGUCUUUGUGGAAACAGCAACGGGGAUCUCAAGGAUGAUUUCACCACACGACACUCCUCAGUAGCUACCGGAGCACUGGAGUUCGGAAAUAGCUGGAAGACGUCUCAAGAAUGCUCGGACACCGUGACCCAAACUUUCCCAUGUGACUCCAACCCCUACUGCAAGGCUUGGGCUGUGCGCAAAUGCGAGAUCAUCCGGGACAGCACCUUCAGGGAGUGCCACAGCAAGGUGGACCCCACCACUUACUACGAUGCAUGCAUGGAAGAGGCCUGUGCGUGCGACAUGGAGGGCAAGUACAUGGGAUUCUGCACGGCCGUGGCCAUGUAUGCGGAGGCGUGCGGCGCGGUUGGGGUCUGUGUCCCGUGGAGAAAGCCCGACCUCUGUCCUGUCUACUGUGAUUAUUAUAAUGCCCCUGGAGAAUGCAGCUGGCAUUAUGAGCCUUGCGGGACAGUGACUGCAAAAACAUGCAAAGAUCAAGUUAUUGGCCAGAAAUUUUCUGCACUUUUAGAAGGUUGUUAUGCUAAGUGCCCGGAGAGCGCUCCUUACCUGGAUGAGAACACCAUGAAAUGCGUCAAGUUAUCUGAGUGCAGCUGCUUCUACAAUGAUGUCAUCCCAGCAGGUGGAGUGAUCAAAGACAACUGUGGAAGAACCUGCUAUUGCAUCGCAGGAGAGUUGGAGUGCAGUGAAACUGGUUCUGAAAAUGCAACAGUUACAGUUUCUACUACAACAGCUACCUCCAGAUUAAGCACCACAACAGAAAUUCCAUUGUCAACUAGAAGCUCAGGCACAGCAACGUUCAUUCCAGAGAUUACAACAUCAAGCAGUGAGACAAUAGGAACAACUCUAACUCUACCCAGUGAAGCUUUUACUACAGGCAUUAUGGGUACUCCAUUUCCCAUCACCUUCACAUCUGGAAGUGCAGGCACCACUGGAGUAGUGGGUCCCCUCUUCACCAGUCCUUGGCACGUAUCAGGGACCACUGGAUCAUCAACAAGUACAACCACAGGAGCUAAAGCACCAAAACCAGGUGACACAGGCCUCAGAGAAGCUGGAAAAGGGGCCCCUACUGCACCACCAGUAGAAACUGAACAAGAGAGCACACCUGGGGAACUGAGCACAGAAGCAACAAGCACAGGCACAGGAGCAACAAGCACAGGAAAAUCAGGGACCUCAGAAGGAUCAGAGGACUUCACCACCGCACCUGGGCACAAGAGCACCAAUGGAGGAGACACAACUGUCCCAGGCACAACCUCAGGAGGCAGAGCAGGUAUACUGGGUCUUCAGCUGGGGAAACCACUAAAGCACCAAGCAGUGAAGGGACACCCUCUAAGGAAGGAUUUCAAAUUUCAAAUUAGAAAUGUUCUUUUUACAGAAACAACAGGGACAACUGGCCCAAGAAGUAGAAUGACAGGAACCAAUGGCCUGGCACCUGGGGAAUCCAGAACAAGUGGAACAUCAGAAUCUGAAACAUCUGCUACAGGGUCUCAACCACCUGAAUCAUCGUCUGAAGGAACUGCCACUAACAGGCCAUCUGAGGGAGGAAUCGGAACCACAGGCCCAACAGGUGUAAUGACUGGAACCAAUGGCAUGGAAUCCGGGAAAGGAGGAACAAGUGGAACAUCACAAUCUGGAACAACUGCUACAGGGUCUCAACCAUCUGAAUCAUCAUCUGAAGGAACUGCCACUAACAGGCCAUCUGAGGGAGGAAUCGGAACCACAGGCCCAACAGGUGUAAUGCCUGGAACCAAUGGCAUGGAAUCCGGGAAAGGAGUAACAAGUGGAACAGCAGAAUCUGGAACAUCUGCUACAGGGUCUCAAACACCUGAAUCAUCAUCUGAAGGAAGUGCCACUUACAAGACAACUGAGGGAGUAAUCGGAACCACAGCUUCAACAGGUGUAAUGGCAGGGAACCAUGGGUUGGAAACCGGGAAAGUAGGACCAAGCGGAACAUCAGAAUCUGGAACAUCUGCUCCAGGCUCUCAACCAACUGAAUCAUCAACAGGCAGAUCUGCAACUAACAGGCCAUCAGAGGGAGGAAUUGGAACCACAGGCCCAACAGCUAUAAUGGCUGGCACCAAUGGCGUGGAAUCCGGGAAAGAAGGAACAAGUGGAACAUCACAAUCUGGAACAUCUGCUACAGGGUCUCAAGCACCUGAAUCAUCAUCUGAAGGAAGUGUCAAUAACAGGCCAUCUGAGGGAGGAAUUGAAUCCACAGGUCCAACAGGUGUAACGCCUGGAACCAAUGGUGUGGAAUCCGGGAAAGGAGGAACAAGUGCAACAUCACAGUCUGGAACAUCUGCUACAGUGUCUCAACCACCAGAAUCAUCAUCUGAAGGAAGUGCCAGUAACAGGCCAUCUGAGUUAGGGAUAGGAACCACUGGCCCAACAGGUGGAGUGUCAGGAAGUAAUGGCCUCACACCUGAGGAAUCAGGAACAAGUGGAACAAGACAAUCUGGAACAACUGGGUCACCUGGUACAGGUUCUGGAACAACUGAAUCACCACCCAAAGCAACUGGGACAACACAUACCACAGCAGAAGGAAAAGGCAGAACUGGUCCAUCAGCUGAAAUGCCAGGAUCCACUGGAGUAACACCUGGAAGAUCAGGUCCAACUGUAACAUAUGAGUCUGGAGCACCUGGCUCACCUGCUAAAGGUUCUGCAACUCCUGGAUCAUCAUCUGAAAGACCUACAACAACCAGACAAUCAGCUGGAGGGAAAGAAACAACUGUCUCAAUGGGUCCCAUGUCAGGAACUACUGGUGUAACACCUGCAGGAUCAGAGACAACUGGAACAUCUGCUACAGGGUCUCAACCACCUGAAUCAUCAUCUGAAGGUAGUGCCACUAACAGGCCAUCUGAGGGAGGGAUAGGAACCACUGGCCCAACAGGUGGAGUGUCAGGAAGUAAUGGCCUCACACCUGAGGAAUCAGGAACAAGUGGAACAAGACAAUCUGGAACAACUGGGUCACCUGGUACAGGUUCUGGAACAACUGAAUCACCACCCAAAGCAACUGGGACAACCCGUUCCCCAGCAGAAGGAAAAGGCAGAACUGGUCCAUCAGCUGAAAUGCCAGGAUCCACUGGAGUAACACCUGGAAGAUCAGGGACAACUGGAACAUCUCUCAGAGAUAUCGCAAAAACGGACUCUUCAUUUGCAAGACCAGGGACAACGGGAACAUCAACUGGAGGGACAGGGACAACUGGCCCUAGAGGUGGAAUGGCAGGAACCAGUAAUGUGCCACCUGGGGAACCAGGAAAAAGUGCAACAUCAGAAUCUGGAACAACUGGGUCACCUGGUACAGGUUCUGGAACAACUGAAUCACCACCCAAAGCAACUGGGACAACCCAUUCCCCAGCAGAAGGAAAAGGCAGAACUGGUCCAUCAGCUGAAAUGCCAGGAUCCACUGGAGUAACACCUGGAAGAUCAGGAACAAGUGCAACAUCAGAAUCUGGAACAACUGGGUCACCUGGUACAGGUUCUGGAACAACUGAAUCACCACCCAAAGCAACUGGGACAACCCGUUCCCCAGCAGAAGGAAAAGAAACAACUGUCUCAAUGGGUCCCAUGUCAGGAACUACUGGUGUAACACCUGCAGGAUCAGGGACAACUGGAACAUCUCUCAGAGGUUCUGGAACAACUGAAUCACCACCCAAAGCAACUGGGACAACCCAUUCCCCAGCAGAAGGAAAAGGCAGAACUGGUCCAUCAGCUGAAAUGCCAGGAUCCAAUGGAGUAACACCUGGAAGAUCAGGAACAAGUGCAACAUCAGAAUCUGGAACAACUGGGUCACCUGGUACAGGUUCUGGAACAACUGAAUCACCACCCAAAGCAACUGGGACAACCCGUUCCCCAGCAGAAGGAAAAGAAACAACUGUCUCAAUGGGUCCCAUGUCAGGAACUACUGGUGUAACACCUGCAGGAUCAGGGACAACUGGAACAUCUCUCAGAGGUUCUGGAACAACUGAAUCACCACCCAAAGCAACUGGGACAACACAUACCACAGCAGAAGGAAAAGGCAGAACUGGUCCAUCAGCUGAAAUGCCAGGAUCCACUGGAGUAACACCUGGAAGAUCAGGUCCAACUGUAACAUAUGAGUCUGGAGCACCUGGCUCACCUGCUAAAGGUUCUGCAACUCCUGGAUCAUCAUCUGAAAGACCUACAACAACCAGACAAUCAGCUGGAGGGAAAGAAACAACUGUCUCAAUAGGUCCCAUGUCAGGAACUACUGGUGUAACACCUGCAGGAUCAGGGACAACUGGAACAUCUCUCAGAGGUUCUGGAACAACUGAAUCAUCAUCUGAAGGAAGUGCCACUAACAAGCCAUCUGAGGGAGGGAUAGGAACCACUGGCCCAACAGGUGGAGUAUCAGGAAGUAACGGCAUCACACCUGAGGAAUCAGGAACAAGUGGAACAAGACAAGCUGGAAAAACUGGGUCACCUGGUACAGGUUCUGGAACAACUGAAUCACCACCCAAAGCAACUGGGACAACCCGUUCCCCAGCAGAAGGAAAAGGCAGAACUGGUCCAUCAUCUGAAAUGCCAGGAUCCACUGGAGUAACACCUGGAAGAUCAGGUCCAACUGUAACAUAUGAGUCUGGAGCACCUGGCUCACCUGCUAAAGGUUCUGCAACUCCUGGAUCAUCAUCUGAAAGACCUACAACAACCAGACAAUCAGCUGGAGGGAAAGAAACAACUGUCUCAAUGGGUCCCAUGUCAGGAACUACUGGUGUAACACCUGCAGGAUCAGGGACAACUGGAACAUCUCUCAGAGGUUCUGGAACAACUGAAUCAUCAUCUGAAGGAAGUGCCACUAACAGGCCAUCUGAGGGUGGGAUAAGAACCACUGGCCCAACAGGUGGAGUGUCAGGAAGUAAUGGCAUCACACCUGAGGAAUCAGGAACAAGUGGAACAAGACAAUCUGGAACAACUGGGUCACCUGGUACAGGUUCUGGAACAACUGAAUCACCACCCAAAGCAACUGGGACAACCCGUUCCCCAGCAGAAGGAAAAGAAACAACUGUCUCAAUGGGUCCCAUGUCAGGAACUACUGGUGUAACACCUGCAGGAUCAGGGACAACUGGAACAUCUCUCAGAGGUUCUGGAACAACUGAAUCAUCAUCUGAAGGAAGUGCCACUAACAGGCCAUCUGAGGGUGGGAUAAGAACCACUGGCCCAACAGGUGGAGUGUCAGGAAGUAAUGGCAUCACACCUGAGGAAUCAGGAACAAGUGGAACAAGACAAUCUGGAACAACUGGGUCACCUGGUACAGGUUCUGGAACAACUGAAUCACCACCCAAAGCAACUGGGACAACCCAUUCCCCAGCAGAAGGAAAAGAAACAACUGUCUCAAUGGGUCCCAUGUCAGGAACUACUGGUGUAACACCUGCAGGAUCAGGGACAACUGGAACAUCUCUCAGAGGUUCUGGAACAACUGAAUCACCACCCAAAGCAACUGGGACAACCCGUUCCCCAGCAGAAGGAAAAGGCAGAACUGGUCCAUCAGCUGAAAUGCCAGGAUCCACUGGAGUAACACCUGGAAGAUCAGGGACAAUGGGAACCUCAACUGAAGGGACAGGGACAACUGGCCCUAGAGGUGGAAUGGCAGGAACCAGUAAUGUGCCACCUGGGGAACCAGGAACAAGUGGAACAUCAGAAUCUGGAACAUCUGCUACAGAGUCUCAACCACCUGAAUCAUCACCAGGCGGAUCUGCAACUAACAGGCCAUCAGAGGGAGGAAUCGGAGCAACAGGCCCAACAGUUGUAAUGCCUGGAACCAAUGGAGUGGAAUCCGGGAAAGGAGGAAUAAGUGCAACACCAGAAUCUGGAACAUCUGCCACAGGGUCUCAAGCACCUGAAUCCUCAUCUGAAGGAAGUGCCAGUUACAGGCCCCCUGAGGGAGGAAUCCCAACUACUGGCCCUACAGGUGGAAUGUUAGGAACCAGUGGUUUUCCAAGAAAUGAUAUUACCAACUCUGGAGCGAACAAAUUUCUACCAGAACUCAUUGCAGGCACCACUGGGGUAGCUCCUGGCACAACUGUUGCCCCAGGCAGUUCCAAAACAGAGGCCACAACUUUCCUUGGGGAAAGGGAAACAACUACCAUUGGAGUAGCGACAGCUACUACUGUGGCAGCAGGUGGAAGUACUUCUGGUGGUCCAAAAAGUUCCAGUCCAGGUACCUCCCAGGAAGCAUCUGAAACGACCACUGCUUUUGGAAUUUCUACCCUGGUUUGCCAUGGUCCAACGGGAGAAGAGAAAUCACCUGGAGAUACGUGGACUGCUAAUUGCCACAAAUGCUCCUGCACCAAGGCUAAUGCGGUGGACUGUAAACCCAAGGAGUGUCCUUCUCCCCCCACAUGCAAAGAUGGAGAGAGGCUUGUGAAGUUCAAAGAUAAUGACACCUGCUGUGAAAUUGGAUACUGUGAACCAAGAACAUGUUUAUUUAACAACACCGACUAUGAGAUUGGUGCUUCAUUUGAUGACCCCAACAACCCAUGCAUCUCCUACUCCUGCGACAAAACUGGUUUCCGUGCAUCGGUCCAGGACUGCCCCAAGCAGACCUGGUGUGCAGAAGCAGACCGAGUGUAUGAUUCCAAAAAAUGUUGCUAUAAAUGUAAUACUAGUUGCAGAACUUCACCAGUCAAUGUGACUGUUUCGUACAAUGGUUGCAAGAAAAGAUUUGAGAUGACAAGAUGCAUAGGGGAGUGUAAACAGAGCAUAAGCUACAAUUAUGACAUCUUUCAGUUGCAAAAUUCCUGCCAUUGCUGCCAAGCAGAAACAGUCGAGUACAGACAAGUUCUUCUUGACUGUCCUGGUGGCCACACCUCUCCUUACAAAUACAGGCACAUCACAGGGUGUUCUUGCUCCAACAAGUGCCAUCAAUCUACAUCCUCAUCACACUCCUAAUGUUAACAUUACCUUCCCAGUUGUAACAGGCGGGUGUUUAUUUUACAAAUG